CCGCCCGCCCCAGUUUUUUCAGUAACCCGCUUGGACUCCAUGUUGUUCCGUCAGCCACGGGGAGAGCAAGUGCCCUGACCGAAAACUCACGUUGCAACUCUGUGUGUCAGAAAGUGGAGUGUGUGUUUGUGUUGACCCUGGAGAAGAAGAUGGCAGACUACAGGGACGACACCGGAGCUAGAGCCCUGCUAGCUUUACAGUCGGCUCCGUGCAGCCCCGUGCGCGUUGCAGUGACCUCUCACGCGUUUCACCAGCCGUCGCUUGCCCUCUUGGGCCCUCCAAUGAUGGAUGCCCGCACCGACGCCGGCCUUUUUCCUGCACGGCUCUCCUCUACGCCUCCACGGGCCCUGGCGAGGCUCGAGGGCCGAGACUUUGAGUUUGUCAUGCGCCAGAGAACGGUCACCAUAGGCCGGAACUCGUCUCACGGCUCAGUGGACAUCAACAUGGGUCACUCGAGCUUCAUUUCAAGGCGACACCUGCUGAUAAGUUACGACGAAGCCAGCGGGUUCUCGCUCCGUUGCCUGGGCAAGAACGGCGUCUUCGUUGACGGAGUGUUUCAGCGAAGAGGGGCCCCGCCGCUGUCGCUGCCGAGAGAGUGUGUGUUUCGUUUUCCCAGCACCGUAAUCAAGAUCCAGUUCAUGUCAUUCCUGGAUGCUGAGGAGCACAGAGAGACGGAGCAGCCCUCUCCACCCCCUCAACCUCUCCUGCCCCACAUUUCCCCUCUGAAAAUCAGCAUUCCCACAGCGCAGCAGCAUGAAGAGCACAUCAGGGCGUUCGGCUCCCCGAUGCCCUCGCCCACCGGCACCAUCAGUGUUCCUAACUCAUGUCCAGCCAGUCCACGAGGAGCAGGGUCGUCAGGGUAUCGCUAUGGACGCAAUGUGACCUCUGACCUCCAGUUAGCAGCUGAAUUUGCUGCCAAGGCUGUUUCCGAGCAAAGACGAGGGCUAGCGGAGCAGAGAGGUGGAGGGAGUGAGCAGCGAGGGGAGGCAGCUGGAGGAGACAGCCCCAAGGAUGAGUCCAAACCUCCUUAUUCGUACGCGCAGCUAAUAGUCCAGGCGAUCUCCUCAGCUCCAGACAAACAGCUGACUCUCAGCGGCAUCUACGCCCACAUCACCAAACACUACCCAUACUAUCGCACUGCUGAUAAAGGCUGGCAGAACUCGAUCAGACACAAUCUGUCUCUCAACCGCUACUUCUUGAAAGUGGCCCGUUCCCAGGACGAGCCCGGCAAAGGAAGCUUCUGGCGUCUGGAUUCUGCCUCUGAAACCAAGCUGGUGGAGCAGGCCUUCAGGAAAAGACGACAAAGAGGAGUGGCCUGCUUUCGGACGCCUUUCGGGCCUCUGUCUUCAAGAACAAAGAGUGCUCCUGCAUCCCCCACCCAUCAGGGACUUCUUUCUCCUUCCUCCAGCGGGCUGCAGACUCCAGAAUGUCUGAGCAGAGAGGGCUCGCCUGUUCCUCAUGACCACCACGAACAGCUGGUUAGCAAACUGGCCUCCGUACCAGAGUACCGCUACUCUCAAAGUGCCCCUGGUUCUCCGGUCGGUGCUCAGCCUGUCAUCAUGGCUGCCCCCGCCCACCCGACCGUCCUGAAUUCAGGCCCAGGGAAAGCCCUUACAAUCCUCUCAGGGGGUGUCGGCCAAGCCCAGCCCAUCCACGUGCUUCAGACCACCCCCCAGUCCUCUGUCACCAUGGUGCGGGUGGUCACCAGCGCCCCGCUGUCUUCCAACCCUUCAAAUGGAUACAGCACCCCUGUUAGUGGAGGACUGGAGGGCAACAGUGAUAUUAGAGACGCCCAGCUGAGCCGCGAGCGGGUCAUCCAGACAGUGGACAGCGCAGUGCAGGGCGGGGAGGGACGUCACUUUACCCCAGGUUUACACCAGCUUCCUGUUCGCCCUGUUACCCAAAAUGGCAAGCACACCAUGGCUGCUGUUUCCAUGGCAACCAGCCUUGCUAAUGCAUCUGUCUUGAACAGUCCUCUGCAGAUCUUGGCUGCCCAGGCCUCCAGCUCUCCUCCAGUUCUGGUGACCAGACAGCCUCCAGCUAGUCAGUCAAGCGAGCCCCAGGCCAAACGGCCGAAGAUGGAGGACGAGGGCGACGGCGAACCCGCUCAGCACCCAGUCACACCCGCCCAGCAGCCUGUCAUCGUUGCCAUGGCAUCACAAAACCACGAUCCCAGGCAAUAACAGCAAGGACCUUUUAUAGCUGGUAGAAAAUGGACAGCCUCUGUUGUAUCCUUGAUGCCUUUCACAACACGUGGAUGUGACCGUCAUGGCUAACACAGUGGGAGGUCUCAGAAGGGAAACGAAUCUUUAAAAUAAAAACUGUUGGUUCAAAGUAGGUGAAACUUUUCAAAUGUUCUCAAUUUUUAAAAAAAAAAGCAAGUACAUACGUUACCAUCUUUUCUGUGUGAUCCGCAUUUCACUGACAACAGGUGCAUCUGAGACAUGUUUUGAAGCUUUUUACCAUGUCGGGUUUGGGGGUCUUGUGCCCCACAAACCGCUUCUUGUGUUGAUAAAUGACAAGAACUCUCAGGCCAAAAGCAAACCUUCCCGUUGUUUUCUGCUCUGAUCAGCUUCACUGCCGCUUCUCAAAGUGAGUUUAAGGUUGAGGAGCUGGGACGACGAAACAAACCCAGAGGAAGGUGUUGUUGCAGCUCCUGCAUUAACCCCGGUUCACGAGACCUGGAUUACAGUUAACAAAACCAUUGUGACUAUCAGAAGGAUGAUCUCUGUUUAUGAAAUGACACAAAUGUGUUUUCUCAGAAAUGAAACUUAAUACUAAAACCAAGACUAGAAUGUAAAUCAUCAUUUGCCUUCUUUCUACAAAACAAAGUGGAGUAAUGGGCGUUCAGGAACCAGAAGUUUGCAGUUUGACGCUGCUGCAGCUCAGUCACCACUGUGAAACCUCCCAGAGUCAGGAUGAUGGGCGCAAAAACACAGCAGCUUUACACAGAGGAGGUCAAAAAAAAAAAAAGAGGGCUCAGUUGACUGAAGUGGAGCUAACCUAAUGUAGACAAGCUGAUUGUUUUCAUGUUUUUUGUUGUUUUUUUAGUAGUGGUAUAAAGGAAGUGAAAAAGCCUGUUCAUACAGCUUAGAGAAGCAUUAUAAUUAUCCUUAAUGCCUUAAAUAUUUCUACUUUUUUAGCGUCAGGUUUAAAGUAACAUAGCGCUUUAACAGCACAAGAUCAGCAACACUACCAUGAUGACAGUUCUGUUGCAUCAGUGGGCUUGUAUCGGUUUUAGUAGGGUAAGGGGCGGGACCAACUCAUACCUGCAGGUUUCAGACUCUCUGAUUUCAUCUCUUUCUUUAACGUAGCGUUUUUUUUUUCUUUUUCUCCCAUCUCUGCCUUUACAGUCUAGCUGUGGGCAGUUCCUGUCACAGACUCGCUUUAAUUAGAUCUUCUGUAGCACUUUCUCCCCCGCUCUGUUCUCUUGUCCGUCUGCCUUUAGCAUUUUUCGAAUGUACUCACAGGUUUUUUUUAUUAUUUGGUGAUCAGACACAAAUUCAAUAAUUAUUGUUGCACAUUAGAAAAGAAAAAAAAUGCAUAAUGAUUGUAUUCUGCUCUAUUUGCUAAAUGACAAAGCUAUUUAGAAGGUAUUUUUUUCUUAUUUGGAGAAAAAUCUAUUUUGCUAAAUGUAAAAACAACUGUCCGAAAUACAUUCUGGAAAUAGAGAAAUAUGUAUUUUUAAAUGUUCCUGUUUGUGAUUUCUUCUGAUGUGUAGCACAAAUUAAAAUUCCUCAUUGUCAUAUCA